ACCGUUAAAAAAAAAAAAAAAAAAAAAAAAAAGAGGAAACUUCUAUACCUCUCUGGAUAUGUACAAAAACCAGAAUCCUCUCCCAACAUCAUAAUCCUCUCCAAACCCUCUUUCCACAUUUCUCAAAUCUUCCCUUCUUUCACCACUCUAAACUCAAUCAAUAAUCCUGCAUCAUGAGCAAUCAACCUGAAUCAUCCGACUCUAAGGGCGGGAAGAAGGACUUCAGUACCGCGAUUCUUGAGCGAAAAAAGGCGCCAAAUAGACUCGUUGUUGAUGAAGCUAUCAACGAUGAUAACUCUGUUGUUUCCAUGCAUCCUGAAACCAUGGAAAAGCUUCAACUUUUCAGAGGCGAUACAAUCUUGAUUAAGGGCAAGAAAAGGAGAGAUACAAUUUGUAUUGCACUUGCUGAUGACACCUGUGAAGAACCAAAGAUUAGGAUGAAUAAGGUUGUCAGGUCAAAUUUGAGGGUUAGGCUUGGCGAUGUGGUUUCGGUGCAUCAGUGUGCUGAUGUUAAGUAUGGGAAGCGCGUCCACAUCCUUCCGAUCGAUGAUACCAUCGAAGGAGUUACUGGGAGUCUGUUUGAUGCUUACUUGAAACCGUACUUUUUGGAAGCGUACCGCCCGGUGAGAAAGGGUGACUACUUUUUGGUAAGGGGAGGAAUGAGAAGCGUCGAGUUUAAAGUUAUCGAGACUGAUCCUGCUGAGUACUGUGUGGUUGCACCUGAUACCGAGAUAUUCUGUGAGGGUGAGCCUGUGAGAAGGGAAGAUGAGGACCGGUUAGACGAGAUCGGUUAUGAUGACGUUGGUGGUGUGCGGAAACAGAUGGCGCAAAUCCGUGAGUUAGUGGAACUCCCAUUAAGGCAUCCGCAGCUUUUCAAGUCUAUUGGUGUUAAACCACCAAAGGGUAUUCUUCUUUACGGGCCUCCUGGGUCUGGAAAGACGUUGAUUGCCCGUGCUGUUGCUAAUGAAACCGGUGCUUUCUUUUUCUGCAUUAACGGGCCAGAGAUCAUGUCGAAAAUGGCUGGAGAGAGUGAGAGCAAUUUAAGGAAAGCGUUUGAAGAAGCCGAGAAAAACGCACCAUCGAUCAUCUUUAUCGAUGAGCUUGAUUCAAUUGCACCAAAACGGGAAAAAACACACGGUGAAGUUGAACGAAGGAUCGUUUCCCAGUUGUUGACUUUAAUGGACGGGCUGAAGUCCCGGGCACAUGUAAUUGUUAUGGGUGCAACCAACCGCCCUAACAGUAUCGAUCCUGCAUUGAGACGGUUUGGUAGAUUCGAUCGUGAAAUUGACAUUGGUGUGCCCGAUGAAGUUGGCCGUCUUGAGGUUCUUAGAAUUCAUACUAAGAACAUGAAGCUAGCCGAUGAUGUGGACUUGGAGAAGGUUGCAAAGGAUACACAUGGGUAUGUAGGUGCUGACCUGGCAGCUCUAUGCACUGAGGCUGCACUGCAGUGCAUCAGAGAGAAAAUGGACGUGAUCGAUUUGGAAGACGAGUCCAUCGAUGCGGAGAUUCUAAACUCCAUGGCAGUUACGAAUGAGCAUUUUCAGACCGCCCUCGGGACCAGCAAUCCUUCCGCUCUUCGUGAGACCGUUGUCGAAGUUCCGAACGUUAGCUGGGAAGACAUCGGUGGACUGGAGAAUGUUAAACGAGAGCUACAAGAGACUGUUCAAUAUCCUGUUGAACAUCCCGAGAAAUUUGAGAAGUUCGGUAUGGCUCCGUCUAAAGGAGUCCUGUUCUACGGUCCACCCGGUUGCGGUAAAACUCUUCUAGCCAAAGCUAUUGCAAACGAAUGUCAGGCUAACUUCAUCAGCAUCAAGGGUCCCGAGCUGCUUACAAUGUGGUUCGGUGAGAGUGAGGCCAACGUUCGUGAAAUUUUCGACAAGGCUCGCGGCUCUGCUCCUUGUGUCCUCUUUUUCGAUGAACUUGAUUCCAUCGCAACCCAGAGAGGGGGUAGUCAAGGAGAUGCUGGCGGUGCAGCCGACAGAGUUCUGAACCAACUUCUGACUGAAAUGGAUGGAAUGUCUGCCAAGAAAACGGUUUUCAUCAUCGGGGCAACCAACAGGCCCGAUAUCAUCGAUCCAGCUCUGUUAAGGCCCGGCCGUCUUGAUCAACUGAUCUACAUUCCUUUACCGGAUGAGGAGUCACGUUAUCAGAUCUUUAAAUCCGCGUUAAGGAAGUCACCGAUUUCUAAAGAUGUUGAUCUCCGAGCUCUUGCCAGGUACACACAAGGUUUCAGUGGUGCUGACAUCACCGAAAUCUGCCAGCGCGCAUGCAAAUAUGCCAUUCGUGAGAACAUCGAGAAAGAUAUUGAGAGGGAAAAGAGAAGAAGCGAGAACCCUGAAGCUAUGGAGGAAGACAUGGACGAUGAGGUGGCGGAGAUUAAAGCUGCUCAUUUUGAAGAAUCAAUGAAGUUUGCGAGAAGAAGUGUCAGUGAUGCGGACAUAAGGAAAUACCAGGCGUUUGCUCAAACACUGCAGCAGUCGAGAGGGAUUGGUUCUGAGUUCAGAUUCUCGGAGACUAGUGGGCGUGCUGCCGCUAGUGACCCGUUUGCCGCCCCGGCUGGUACGGUUGAUGAUGAUGACCUUUAUAAUUAGGUUUUGCUUGCUGGAUAAAUGUUAGUUGUCUUUUUGUGUUACUAAGAUGUUUGUAGUUUGUAUGCGUACAUGGUAACUUUGUUUAUGAUGGUUGUGUUAUGAGUUUGUGAAUAAGUAAUUAGUAAUAUAUCCUAAAAAUCUAGUCUUUGUGCGUUAUCAGGUCAGGCAGAGCUAACCUUUUGUUUUAAGAGUAAAAUGUUUAGUGAAUCUAUAAGCAUGUGUGUUAUAGGUUGGAUUAAAA